GCAGAUAUCUUUGUUUGCAGUGAGCGGAGCUCCUCGGUGGAUUUUGUGAGCGAUUUUGUUGGAUGUGGUUGGUGGAAGUGUUCUGAUAUAUUUCAUUUUGUUUCUUACAUUCUUUUACCGAAUCAUUGCAAGAAUAGCAUUUGUGAUUGGUGUGGAGGGUGUGGAGUGUUGUGGCAUACGGUUGAGACGCCUGAGGAAUCAGAAUCAGCAUAAAAGGUGUCAUGUCACCGCAUUGGCAUCCUCAUCAUAAUAUAUAAUUGUUAAUAGAGUUAUCCUGGAUCGGUGUUGUGUAGUGAACUAGAAGAAACAUACUCAAGAAAUGAGGCAUGGAAAUGCAGCUUGUGCUUUCAAAACAGCCCUGCUUAUGCUGGCCUGUGUCAUCAUCCAAGCAGGCGAGCGGCUCAGUCCGUACGUGCGUCACCACGAGCGGCUCGACUACGGCCGGGCGGCGGUGGAAGCGCGCCACCAGCGGGUGCGACGCGCCACCAACGCCGCCGCCGCGCCGCCGCUGACGCUCGAGUUCGAGGCGCUGCAGCGGCCGUUCCGGCUGCGGUUACGGCGAGAGGCGCGCGUGUUCUCGGCGGACGCCGUGCUCGUGGGUCCGUCGGGACGCUACGAGCCGCUGCAGACGGACCACAUCUACGAGGGCCACCUCGAGGGUGUUCCAAACAGUUUUGUGCACGGCUCAGUGCACGACGGAGUGUUCCAGGGCAAAAUCGAGACGCCAGAUGGGAAUUAUUACGUGGAGAAGGCGCAUCACUACUAUCCUCAUAACCACUCAUCGUCAUUUCAUUCUGUGAUAUACUCAGAAGAGCAUAUAGAGGACCCGUUCCAGCACUUGGAGCGAGGUAGAGGUCCGUUCGGCGGCUGCGGCGUCGAUGGUGACGUGUCUGAAUGGAUGCACAAAGUACAAAACUCGGCCAUCGACGACGACGAGACAGAGUUUCGGGCGGCGGCAGAGGAGCGCGAGCACCGGCGGCGGGAGCGCGAGCGGCCGAGCGCCGCCCGACGCGUGGCGCACGACGCCAGGCACUACAAAUACACGGAGGAGGCGCAGCGCCACCUGGACGCCGGCCGGUCGCGGUCUCGCCGGGCUCCCCGCCAGGGCGGCGCCACUAGUCACCUGCCCGACAGCCGAGGCACUUGCAGUCUGUCGGUGGAGACAGACCCUAUGCUGUGGCGGCAUGUGUUCGAGAAGGAGGGUGGAGACGACCGGCGCACUCGCGAGGAACUCACGUCCAUGGUGGCGUCACACGUCAAGGCCGUCAACCGCGUGUACGACAAGGAGCAGUUUGACGGCAGUUACGCCCACCGGGGAAUACAGUUCGAGGUGCAGCGACUCAAGAUUGAUGACGACAGCACAUGUCGACCAUCGUAUCGCGGCCGGGACCGAAACAAGUUCUGUGUUCCUAACGUGGACGUGUCCAACUUCCUGAACCUUCACUCGGAGGACGACCACGACGCCUUCUGCCUGUCCUACGUGUUCACCUACCGCGACUUCAACAAGGGCACCCUGGGCCUGGCCUGGGUGGCCUCGCCCGCAGGUGCGUCGGGCGGCAUCUGUGAGCGUUACAAACCGUUCGCGGACAACAUCGGCGGCUCCCAGCGCACCAACAAGCGCUCCCUGAACACUGGCAUCAUCACGUUCGUCAACUACCACUCGCGGGUGCCGCCGCGCGUCUCGCAGCUGACCCUGGCGCACGAGAUCGGCCACAACAUGGGCUCACCACACGACUGGCCGAGCGACUGCACACCCGGCGGGCCGAACGGGAACUACAUCAUGUUCGCCAGCGCCACCAGUGGCGACCUGCCCAACAACAGCAAGUUCUCCGAGUGCAGCCGGCGGAAUAUCAGCUCCGUGCUGGACGCCAUAUCGUCGGGAAAGAAACGCGACUGCUUUACGAAGUCGGACGGCGCCUUCUGCGGCAAUAAGAUCGUCGAGGAUGGCGAGGAGUGUGACUGCGGCUUCGACGACGCCGAGUGCACUGAGAGCUGCUGCUACCCGAACCAGGUGUCCGAGUCGGACCGGCGGAGCAACGCCUCGGCAGAGGGCUGCCGUCGGCGUCAGCACACCCAGUGCAGUCCGAGUGAGGGUCCGUGCUGCGACCGGCGCUGCUCGUUUGUGGCCACCUUCGAGCGGCUGCGGUGUCGCUCAGAGGACAACUGCACGUACGACUCGUACUGUGACGGCUACCGGGCCAGCUGUCCGGCGCCGCCGCCGCGACCCGAUAUGACCGAGUGCAACAGCGGCACCAAGGUGUGUCUCUCCGGCGAGUGCACGGGCUCCAUCUGUCUGAAGCACGGCCUCAAGGAGUGUUUCCUGACGUCCGAUGUGAUCGAGGACCGCGGCAAGCUGUGCGAGGUGGCCUGUCAGCGAGGCGACAACACCAGCACGUGUCGCAGCAGCAGUGAGCUCGGUCUCGGCGGCGGACAGGGCAUCUACAUGACGGCCGGCGCCGCCUGCGACAACUUCCAGGGCUACUGUGACGUGUUUCUCAAGUGUCGCCGGGUGGACGCGGAAGGCCCGCUGGUGCAGCUGAAGAACCUGCUGUUCUCGGAACAGACGCUGAUGACCAUCGUAGAGUGGGUGACGCACUACUGGUGGGCCGUGCUGCUGAUGGCCGUGGCCUUCGUCGUGGUGAUGGCGCUCUUCAUCCGGUGUUGCGCCGUACACACGCCCUCGUCCAACCCCAAACGGGCGCCGGCCAGAAAGUUCACGGAUACGCUCAAGCAUCCGAUGGAUACGCUCAAGCGACAGCACCGGCAUCCCCGGCGAGGGGGCGGCGGCGGCGGCGCCCGCUCCGUCCCGGUCCGGGAGGAGGCAGAGCUGGUCGUACAGAGCAGUAACAGCGGGGGGAGCAGCAGCGGCGGCGGCGGCGGGCGGCCCGGCCGAGCCACCGGGCCGCCGCCCGCCUACCAGCCGCAGGCGGGACCCGUGAGACACGGGUUCGGCGCCGGGCGCGGCCACUACAGCCGACAAGGUGCGCGCGAUGACGUAGAGUCGGGCGGCGCCAGCGGCGGCCGGGCCGCCGAGCGGCAGCGCCAGCAGAAGCAGCAGAAGCAGCAGAAGCGGCGCUCGCAGGGCACGCCGGCCACGCGGCACGUGUGACCUCGGCCGGGCGCGCCGGCGGCCGCCACCCUGCCGACCGCUGACCGCUGACCCGGCCGGCACGCGGCCGCGCACCCUACAAACGGACAGAGUAUAUUCAAAUCAAACCGGCGGCGCGGCGCCGCUCUUAGGACUGGCGCCGCGCGUCGCGUGUGCGCGCGAGAUCUUCCUGGGUGCGUCGGAGGUCGGAUGUGAUACUGAGAGGGCGCGCCGCUGUGCCGGCGGCGCGCCCCACCCCGCGAACGCGGCAUUAUGCUUACUCGUGCGCGCGCCUGUAUGAGCGUGAGUGUGUGUGUGUGUGUGUGUGUGUGUGUGUGUGUGUGUGUGUGUGUGUGUGUGUGUGUGUGUGUGUGUGUGUGUGUGUGUAUGUGCAUGUGGAAAUCCCAGCGGCGCGGCGGUGACGGCGUGCAGUCUGGACUGACUGGGUGCUACCCACAGAUUGAGUCGGUCCAACCCCGCCCGCUGGCCGGCUUAUCCCCGGGCAUUUGUGGGAACAACUCUUGGCAGCCGCCGCAGCGCUUAGUUCGGUCGGCAGCCUCCGGUGCAGAUAACUUUUUUGUUACUCUUUUGCCGAAGCUAUCUCAUUUUAGCUUUCCGACAUGCUUGCUGAUCUGUUGAUCUUGUACGAGCCGUUGUUUUGGUUGAUGUUUUUAGAAGAUACCUUUAACAUGAAUCGGAGAAUGAUAUGGUCCGAGCGAGGCGCGCGUGCUCUCUUUUGGACGUGAUCAUGUAUUGUUAUGCCGCUAAGGUCAUUGCUCCUGCAGCGCCAUUGUUCACGGUGGGUGACCCAUGGGACCGUGUGGGUGUGCGGCGGCCCAGUAUCUCAGCUGAUGCUCCCUGGGGCAGCGCGGGUCGGUGGCGCUCCCCUUGCGGCGGCGCCGACCCCGUGCGGCCCGCCCCGCCCCUGUCGACAGUGCGUGUGUGACUCAGCGGGCACCUGUGCGUGUGUGUGGCGCGAGAGCAGAGUGGGUGUGGGGGCGGCGCGCGGUCGAUGGCUAUUACCUCUCUGUGCGGCCGCCGGCGGUGGACGUCGUCAUUAUUUCCGCCUGUCGCGCUGACGGCGGCCGCCGGCGUCACCCGCAGGCGACGCCCGGCCGCCGCCGACCUGUGUUGCUCUGCGCGACCUCGUUUGCGUCUCGCGGUGCGGGCUCGGCCGCCGCCGAUCCGUCGCGGGCGCUCGUCUGCCGUCGUCCGGGCUCCCGAGACCCCCAGUCCACACCCAAGUGGCCUUGUGUAUCAUCACCGUGUCAUAUUGAUUUGCGUCGAUCGAGCGGGCGUGCGGGCGGCGGGCAAGGCCUCUCCCGGGGUGGGGAGGUAGCGCCGGAAAGUCGUGUCCGCGCGGCACGGCAAGGCUCGACGACCCCGGCCCGGAGUCGCCUGUAACGGGAACACUGGCACACGGCUCGGCACCCGACGCGUGACGCCGGAUACGGGCUCAUCUGGGUCUCAUCUAUGUAAACGGCAGCGGAAAUGACCAGCGACCUCGGCCGCCUGGAUGCCGGAGCCGCAGUUCCUCACGGCACUAAAUAAUUCCAGCGGCGAGCUGAACAGAGCGGGGCAGCCGUGUGUCAGUGUUCUCGACGGCUCUGGGCCCGCAAAGCCGGCGUAACCUGGAGGGCUCACCCCGGGGUACCGCCCGGUGGGGAGAGGGUUGGUUUCGACGUACCGGCAGUAUGAGCUGAGAGUGUGAGAGGGAGAGAGAGUGGCGGAGACGGCCCCGCGUGUUUGCCACAGUCGCCGGCGGGCAGGUUGCCGAUGCACUCAUCUGUCUCACUGUACUGUAUGUAUAUGAUAAGUUGUGUAAUAAAACUCUACCGAAUCGUCCAUCA